AUGAGCAUUGACCUCUCAAAUAAUGAGUUUCAAGGUGAGAUUCCAGAGGUUAUUGGAAAGCUUAACUCACUCAAAGAGCUUAACCUUUCCCAUAAUAACCUUAGUGGUUGUAUGCCCACAUCAAUGGGCAAUUUGACAUCACUUGAGUCACUGAAUCUCUCUUGGAACAAGCUUGUUGGGAAGAUUCCUACACAAUUGGCUAGUUUGGGUUUUCUUGAAGUGUUAAACCUUUCACAAAAUCAGCUUGUUGGACCUAUACCUCAGGGCAAACAAUUCAAUACCUUCGGCAAUGAUUCCUAUGUUGGUAACUUGGGACUGUGUGCGUUUCCAUUGUCAAACAGAUGUGACAACAUUGAGGGACCCUUUUUUCAUGAGGAAGCAGAUUCUGAAUCUGAAUUUGAGUGGAAAGUGGCAUUGAUGGGUUAUGGAAGUAGACUAGUGUUUGGAAUAUCUGCAGCAUACAUCAUAUUCACACUUGGAAAACCCAAAUGGCUUGUAUGGAAGGUUGAAAAAGCAGGCUACAAAUUGAAGAGAUAA